AUGAACAACAUGAGCUUAGACACGAUCAAGGAGCUUUCUCAUGAUGAGAUUGAGCAAUCCAGAGAUCGUCUGCACAGUAACGAACGAAGAGAACUCCGCCACAAUUCCUACUAUCGUCACAAUUUGUAUCAGCAAGUCCAACAGGGUUAUUUGGAAGCCUUGGAGACGAUGAUUCUGCGCCAAGAGAGUUUGCAGCGAAAAUCAUCUCUAGAACCGCCAGCGCAAACCGUAGCGAGUAAAGUGGUGGUCCCUCAAGCACAUUUCAAGCUUCCUAGGCUUCCAUUAAAGACCUUUGAUGGUUCAUUAUUAGAAUGGCUACCUUUCAAAGAUUUCUUCGUUUCGUCAAUCAUCAGCAGCCAGUCUCUCGACGACGUUGAGCGACUACAUUAUUUAAAAUCCAGCCUCACUGGAUCAGCAGCUCAAUUCUUAAAAAACACGACUCUGGUAGCCGAGAACUUCAAGAAAUCGUGGGAAGCUCUGGUGUCAUUCUACAAAAAUAAACGUCUCUUGACCAACGCUUCCGUGAACGCUCUAUUCUCACUCAAACGCAUGUCGAAGGAAUCUGCCUCGGAACUAGAAGCAUUGUAUUCUUCUGUCACUCAACAUUAUCGUAUGUUGGAAACUUUAGAACGUCCAGUUCAUCAUUAG